UAGUGUUCAUUUCGAAGCUGUCUCUAGUCAGAAUAUUCCAGAAUACUCCAAGUUUCGGAGAUUAUAAAACCAAAAAAUUAAACUUUUUAAAAUGAAUUUUCAAGAGAAGGUGGUGUGGUUCUUUGGCCUAAAGUCGGUGCGUUAUACACAGAUCUUUAUUGUGGUGAUGGGGGAUCUGCUGGCUUUGGCCAAUCUAUAUCCCAAGCACUGCAGGUACAUUCAGCGUCCCUUUCUCGUCUGGAAGGAUAAGCAGACUGAUAAGAAGUACCAGUAGGGAGAUAAGAAGCAGCAUGAAGAGGACUUCACCUAUACAGACUCCAACUAAUGCUAAGCCAGCGUUUCUAAUUUAUAUUUAUAUAUAUACAUUUUUUUAUGUGCGUGGGAGACUUUUUAUGGCCAUGCGAGAGAGAUUCGAUUCCAGCGAGUCAACCUUGAGUGAGUUUCAAUGCCAAUGCCAGUGCCAGAGGCCCAUGACGUCACUUGUAUCUGGAUACAGCACUCCAAUAUAUAUAUAUAGAUAUAUAUGUCUAUAUAGCCUUGUGUCUCUGUAGGUGCCUUGGUGAACACCUCGUUUCGUUCUCGUUUUGCCCAUUGCAGCCGGAGGAGGAUGCCCCUCGUGAGCCUGUUCAAAUGCCUGGACCAAAUUAACUCGACUCCUCAUUAAGGCGCACACACACAAAAAUCCGAAAGUUUCGACCGCCGUCGUCUGGAAAUAAACGUCAAUUUAAAACGUAAA